AUGUCCGAAAGUUAUGAUAUCGACAUAAACACCGGCGUCGACGAUGAGGACGCUAUGAUGGUCGACGAAGCUGUUGAAGGAUGGAUCGUUUUAGUGGUGGGACUUCAUGAAGAAUCAACAGAAGACGAACUUACCGACAAAUUUGCAGAUUUCGGUGAAAUAAAAAAUCUUCACUUGAAUUUGGAUCGACGGACAGGUUUUGUCAAGGGAUAUGCACUCGUAGAAUAUGAAACUUACAAAGAAGCUAAAAACGCAAUUGAUGCUGUUAAUGGUACUAAACUCCUUGGUAAAACUUUGCAAUGCGAUUUCGCUUUUAUAAGAGCACCUAUUAGUGCAUCUACGGGAAUAGACAGGGAUUCACGAGAUCGUGGUGCACCAAGAAAUAGGACGGCAG